GGAGGUGUCAUGGCUGGUAAAGUGAAGUGGGUGACCGACAUAGAGAAAUCUGUACUAAUCAACAACUUUGAAAAAAGAGCAUGGAUUCAGGUCACAGAAAACGAGGACUGGAAUUUCUACUGGAUGAGCGUCCAGACAAUCAGGAAUGUUUUCAGCGUGGACACUGGUUACAGGCUCUCUGAUGAUCAAAUGGUCAACCACUUCCCCAACCAUUAUGAGCUGACCAGAAAGGAUCUAAUGAUCAAAAACAUUAAACGCUACAGGAAAGAGCUUGAGAAGGAGGGAAGUCCUCUUGCAGAGAAAGAUGAAAAUGGAAAGUACAUUUAUCUAGAUUUUGUACCAGUAACAUUUAUGCUCCCCGCUGACUAUAACCUGUUUGUGGAGGAGUUCCGGAAGAGUCCGUCCAGCACUUGGAUCAUGAAGCCAUGUGGGAAAGCCCAAGGCAAAGGCAUCUUCCUUAUCAACAAACUGUCCCAGAUUAAAAAAUGGUCCCGGGACAGCCGCACAUCCACAUUUAUGGCGGCCUCUAGUGGCAAAGAGGCAUAUGUCAUCUCACUGUAUAUUGACAAUCCAUUGCUGAUCGGUGGGAAGAAAUUUGACUUGCGCCUCUAUGUGCUAGUUACAACAUACCGGCCACUAAAAUGCUACAUGUAUAAACUGGGAUUUUGCCGAUUUUGCACAGUCAAAUACACACCUAGCACAAGUGAAUUAGACAACAUGUUUGUGCACCUUACUAACGUUGCUAUCCAAAAACAUGGGGAUGAUUAUAACCAUGUCCACGGGGGGAAAUGGACAGUCAGUAACCUUCGCCUCUACUUAGAGAGCACCAGAGGAAAGGAGGUGACCAACAGACUGUUUGACCAGAUCUACUGGAUUGUGGUACAGUCUCUGAAGGCUGUGGCACCUGUCAUGAACAACGACAAGCACUGUUUUGAAUGCUACGGCUAUGACAUCAUUAUUGAUGACAAGCUGAAACCAUGGCUCAUUGAGGUGAAUGCUUCUCCAUCACUCACAUCUAGCACAGCAAAUGAUCGAAUCCUGAAGUACAACUUGAUUAACGACACCUUGAACAUAGUCACACCUAACGGAGAAAUUCCAGACUGCCGCUGGAACCGUAGUCCACCUAAAGAAGCCCUGGGAAACUAUGAAGUUCUAUACGAUGAAGAACAGUCGGUAAAUGAAAGCACGGAACGAGACCUUCGGAGUCGCUCGGGUCAGUCGCUGGGGUCAAAGGGCACAAGGACCAGCCACAUGCGCCCUGUCCCCGCCACAUGGAAGUGA